AUGGCUGCACUUACGCUCCUUUUCUCCACUUUUGCUGUGGCCUCUGCCACUCCGACAGGCUUUACUGCCGCUUUGGUCCCCAGACAAUCAGUCUCCAAUAAUGGACUCUGCGGUGCAUACAACGGCACUGCUACCUGCACUGGCAGCAUCUACGGCACCUGCUGCAGCCAAUUCGGAUACUGUGGUAGUGAUACCGACUACUGCGGAUCCGGCUGCCAGAGUGGCUACGGCACCUGCGGAGCCGAUACCACUCUGAGCUGGUACGGUCUAGGGUGCUACUCCGACAGCACCAAUGCUCGCGCCCUGAACACCUCCGUUCUCGUCUCCGGCAACACCGUCGAGGCAUGCCAGUCAACAUGUGCUGCUGGAGGCUUUACCUACGCCGGAAUGGAGUUUGGAAGCCAGUGCUACUGCGGUACCGCCAUCGAGAACGACUCGGAACCCAUUUCGUCCUCUAGUUGUAAUAUGGCAUGCGCAGCAGACGAGAGCGAGAUCUGUGGCGGAUCGAACGCUCUGAGUUUGUAUGUCAUCGUGCCUAUCUGGCAGAGCGUGGGAUGCUACUCCGACACCACUCUUAAACGCACUUUGGCUGAGUCCUACAAUGUUGGCGGUAAUACUGUGGAGAAAUGCCAGGCGGCGUGCAAAGCGGGCGGAUAUAUCUAUGCCGGCAUGGAAUUUGGCACUCAGUGUUUCUGUGGCAACACUAUCGACAACGGCGGUGCCCCUACCUCUGGCUGUGGUACCCCAUGCCCGGGCGACGCAUCUGAGACCUGUGGCGGAGCCAAUGCUUUAAGUUUGUACUACCUUUUCGGGGGAUCUGAACCCGAGGAGAAGAAGUAG